AUGGACUUCGCAGUUAUAAGCAAUCUGCUCUCAGAGGCCAAGGUAUCCAUUGAUGAGUUCCAAUCUAAUGGCGUCGAAGACUCCCGCAUCGAAGCACACGAAAAAGUGCUGCAACUGGCGCGGGCGCUAGAAAAGCCGAGAGAUGCUAUCUUAAAGUUGUCAUUUUCUCCUACUGUGCUCAUGGCCGUUAAAGUGGCCCACGAUAUGAACCUUUUCCCGGUGCUCACAAAAUCAACGACUCAAGUAUCUGUGAAGGAGCUGGCAGCUGCGAAGCCAGCAGAUCCCUUGCUAGUCGAGCGUAUCAUGCGCCUCCUCGUCUCGAACGGCUUCGCUGAAGAGCCCGAACCAUGCAAUUACCUUCCGACUCCGCUCUCUGAGGAGAUGACCCGACGAACAUCCAUUGGUGUCGUAGAAUCUUUAUUCCUCGAGUUUCUCCCCUCGAUCCAAAAGACCCCCGAAUACCUACAAUCCACCGGAUACCGCAACCCAGAAGACCCACUAUACGCACCUCUCCAAUAUACCAACAGCAUCAAAGGAGACGGUUUUUCCUGGCUCUGCGAGAACCCCGCCGCAUUGUCGCGCUUCAACAGCUUCAUGGAAGGUCAGCGCGCCAACCGAGCAUUCUGGGGCGACUGGUUCCCCGUUCGUGACGUGAUUCUUGAUGUACCGAGCUUGAGUCCCGAACGCCCUCUACUCGUUGAUAUCGGUGGUGGUCGCGGACACGAUUUGCUAGAGUUCAAGGCGCGAUUCCCAGACGCGCAGGGAAAGUUGGUUCUUGAGGAUUUGCCGUCGGUCAUCGAUGAAUUUCGGCAGGCGAAUGACCUAGAAGCGGCGGGGAUCGAGACGGUGAAUUAUGACUUCUUUGCUGAAGCGCAGCCUGUUCUUGGUGCCCGCGUCUACUACUUCAAGUACGUCCUUCACGACUGGUCCGACGACAAGGCCCAUAUUAUAUUCGACCAUUUGAAAAAGGCUAUGGUGCCCGGAUAUUCCAAGGUGCUGAUCGAGGAGUAUAUUCUUCCUGACCGGAAUGCGCGCGCCGUCAAUGGAAUGACAGACAUGGCGGUCAUGGUGUUCUGUGCCGGUCUUGAGCGCACACGACAGCGAUGGUUAAGCUUACUGGAGUCUGUUGGUCUGCGGGUGAUUAAAUUUUGGACGCGUGGUGGAGAUGCGCUGGGAAUCAUCGAGGCAGAGAUUCCCGAGGAACAAGGGACGAAGCAUAUUAUAUAA